UUUUUACAAGGCGGUCUCCACGGCGCGACGACCGCGUAAGCCCUAUUAAUCUCUCUCUCUCUCUACUCUCUAUCCUUCUCUUUUUCAGAUUGAUAUCAGCUAUAUCUGUCUGCAACAAGAAGUAACUCCGAUAUCUCGUAGUGUUCAUUGCUCCCCGCGACCGAACAAAAUUACUGAGAAAAAGGGAGAUAUCAAGGCAAACGCGGGCUUCUCUAUAGCUUCGUUCAGCUGUUAUUGUUUCAUAUAUGCGUUUGGAUCUACAAACUUGGCAAUUUGGUGGUUUUUAUUUCGGUUUUUAGCAAAUGGAUCGGUACCAGAGGGUGGAGAAGCCGAGGCCAGAGACGUCUAUUAACGAGAAUGAGAUUCGCAUUACCACUCAGGGAAGGAUGAGGAACUACAUUACCUAUGCCACCACUCUACUUCAGGAAAAGGGAUCUAAUGAAAUCGCUCUUAAAGCCAUGGGCAGAGCAAUAAACAAGACUGUGAUGAUUGCUGAAUUGAUUAAGAGAAGGAUAGCUGGUCUUCAUCAGAACACAGCAAUUGGUUCUACUGAUAUAACUGACUUGUGGGAGCCUCUAGAAGAGGGACUUCUUCCCCUGGAAACUACUCGUCACGUAUCAGUUAUAACAAUUACUUUGUCCAAGAAUGAACUAGAUACAUCAUCCUCAGGUUACCAACCACCUAUUCCAGCUGAUCAAGUGAAGCCCUGGACUGAAUAUGAUUAUGACGGAGAGGGCUCUCCUAGAAUGCGUGGUAGAGGCCGUGGUGGUCGAGGAAGGGGCAGAGGAAGAGGGAGUUAUAACAAUGGAGUUGUAGAGUACAAUGGAGAUAAUGGCCUGGAUGGCGGAAGAUAUUAUGGAGGUAGGGGUCGAGGUCGUGGAAGAAGCCGUGGCUACCGUGGGCGCGGAAGGGGGUACGGUGGUGGGAGCAUGCAGCAGGAAUUUAGUGAUUAUAAUAACUAUGGGAAUAACUAUGGGGGAGGGCCGACUCCUGCACAAGGUCGUGGACGAGGGCGUGGACGUGGCAGGGGCAGGGGCAGGGGCGGUGGGCGUGGUCGGGGUUUCAUAUUAGAAGGCCAGGCAACUGUCAGAGCCCUAGACACGGUAUAAAGUGUGGUUUAGGUUUCUGAGAGCUCUGGAUGCCUGUUGGCAGUUGCUCUUCUGAUUUCUUUUCCCGGGGGAAGAGAGAAAAGGCAAAAGAAGGGAAAAUUUGGAUUUUCACUUCUUAGUAUCUAGACAUUUUAACUAUAGUGAGUUGCCACAUGUAAUGUGGUGGGGGCAUGUUUUGUAGUUUGAAAUAGGAAUGACUUUAGUAUUUUAGCCAUAGUACACGAUCUCAUAAAACCGUACUAAGUAAGGUAGGCUAAUUUUUAUUUAAGCGCUUACAAAACUUUGGAACGUUUUUACACCCUUUCUUUUCUUUUAGAUAAUAAUAUAAUAGGGCAGUGCAGUGCAGUGCAUUCUGUAAUUUGUAAUUAGUACAUUUAUUUGUUUCCUUAAAUGGGGACAUCACAAGGUUUUCAGUGUAUCA